GUUAGUCCUCUCCAUCCACGACCGUCACAACCGAGAGUCGACAAUGGGAAGACAUUCCUCCGCCCACCCAUCCUCUCCCACUCGAAGGUACGAUGAAUGUGGUAGGGAGGCAGAGCGUUCUAAUCGUGACAGAAAAUCCCUGGGAACAGACGGUUACAGCGAACGAGACGAGCAUCAUAAACGUCGUCGGAGCCCGAGUGGGGAGAGAGACCCUUCUUCUCAACGUCGUGAUAGGGAUAGCAGUAGAGAACGCAGAAAAAGGCGUAAACGGGACAAGUCAGAGGAACGCAAAGCCCGGAAAGCAGAGAAGAAGCGCAUAAAAGAGGAGGAGGAAGCUCGUCAAGUCGCCGAGCUCAGUGUUUAUAGUGCAACCGAUAACCCUUUUCACGAUGUCAACCUAGGACAACAGUUUCGAUGGCAUAAGAAAAACGAAAGAGACAAAAAGGAGGGGUUGACCUACGCCGAGUCGCAGCGCCGUGAUGCCAUCCGACGCCAAGAAGCCAAGGACGAGUUGGAACGGUUGAACAAAAGAAGGGCUGAACGUGAGGCUGACCAGCGUCUCAGGGAAGAGGAGGAACUUCGAAUGCAACGUCUUCAGGAAUCUGCUCAGAUGUCGGAGUGGUUGUCAAAGGAAGGCGAUUUCAGGCUGGAGCAGGAAAGAAAGCGUGCAACAAUCCGGAUUCAAGAGAAGCGCGCCAAGGCUAUUGACUUUCUUGCACUGAACUUGAAGUAUGUUAAUCCAUCUACUGAAGAAGAUGACGGUGGCGAAGAGGAUGCCGGUUUGGAGAUUGACUUGGAUGAGCCAUAUAAUAUAUUUGACAAUCUUACCGAUGAGCAAGUGGAGGAACUGCAUGACGAUAUCGAACGAUACCUGACAUUAGAGCAAGUCCCCAUUAACAUUGAGUUCUGGACUAACAUGAUGGUAGUCUGUAAGGAUCAGUUGGAGAGGAUCAAAGUAAACGACCGAAUGGGCAUUGAGACUGCCGCCGCUGUAGAGGAUGACAUCACGACACUACUGUCUGGCAAAUCAUAUGAUGAACUCAGCUCUCUCCAACGACAAAUUCAAGAUAAGUUAACGAGCGGUGAAACGGUCGACAACGAUUACUGGGAAAAUUUACUACGAAGGCUUCUCGUUUGGAAGGCAAAGGCGAAGCUGAAAAGUUUCCAUGAGGUAGUCGUUCGCAACCGUCUUGAACAGCUUCGCAAGCGCCAGCGCGAUGAAGCCCUGCAAGCGCAAGAAGAACUUCUUGCUGGCGUAGCGAAAUCAGCUUCUUCUAAACCUUGGAUUCCUAAAGAUAUCGAAGCAGAUGUCCCGGAUCCUGACAUCCAUGAUGUCCAAGAUAUAGAGGAAUAUGACCGGGCGAUGAGUCCGCCAUUGAUUGACAUCAUUAAACUAUCAGCGGAAGACCGACAAAUUGAUAUUCUAACAGAGCAGGAAGAUCGCCGAGCUCUGUUUGCACAGCGUAGGGCUGUUGCCGCUUCGAGAUUCGUUGCCAAAGCCGUCCAGCAGAGAGUCGAAACUCAGGAUGAGGAAGUGCCCAGCGGAGCUGAUCUCGCUUCGGAAGCGUUGUACAGGGCAGAAGCGGAGCGGGAGCUUGAUGAGGAGGAAGAGCUGUUUAAUCUGGAGGAGAACAUUACCAACCCGACCAGCUAUAACUGGGAAGAUAAGUAUCGCCCACGCAAGCCUAGAUAUUUCAAUCGGGUCCAUACCGGCUACGAGUGGAACAAGUAUAAUCAAACCCACUAUGACACGGAUAAUCCUCCCCCAAAAGUCGUCCAAGGCUACAAGUUUAAUAUCUUCUAUCCUGACCUCAUUGACAAAUCGAAGGCACCGACGUAUAAGAUUGUCAAGGAGCCUGGGAACGAAGAUACAGUUUUGCUGCAUUUCACCGCCGGUCCACCAUACGAAGACAUCGCUUUCAGGAUCGUCAACAGAGAAUGGGAGUUCUCACACAAACGUGGUUUCCGGAGUAGCUUUGACCGGGGCUGUUUAUCUCUGUGGUUCAACUAUAGACGCAACUUCUACCGCAAGUAGUUGUAUACGGAGGGUAUAUAGCAAUGUUUGUACAAUAUAUCUACCAUUAUUUAAUAGCACCGUCGCGUCGGGGUCGCCGCCCGAACCUUGC